AAGACGCGCGAAGAGUCGGAGAACGACAGUCGGGUUGAAAGCGUCGCGAGUAUCGGUGUCACGGCUCUCCCACAGCGUUCAAUAUUCGUUCGAAUUUAGCGAAUAACGCGCGGGACGGCGCAGAAAAAAAACUGCGUAAGAGAAAAAAAGGAGGGAGGUCGGAGAUCGGGUGAUGCUGAGGUGACACCUCGGGACCCGCAGGGCUGCAUCGCCGUUCGCCGCGGGGAACUGAUUGCCUAACUGCCUGCCUGCCUUCUUUCUUUCUUGCUCUCUUACUUGCUCUUUCUUUAUUUUUAAUUACAUUCGAUUCGUUUAUUCGCCUCUUCUCCCGCGAUUCGGUUGACGGUUGUGCCGACGACUCACGUGCAAAGUCGAGUGUCAGUGCCGCGGAUUCGGACGACUGCAUGCCUCGCGCAUCGUCCCUGCCACUGCAAGAAGAGAGACGACCCUAUCUCAUUGUCAACUAAAAAAAGGUCAACGAAGGGAUUUCAUCGAGUGGAAAGAUGAGGCCGGAGGAAUUGACGAGAGGUUCACGGGCAGCGGAGACAAUGUCGGAAACAUCGGAAGGCACGGGGACGACCAGCGUUUCCGGCAAGUCGGGAUUCGACAGCCGCGAGGAAUUGAGGGACCUUGUCGCGGUCCUGGGUAUCCUUGAUCCCGAUGAUCUUCAUCAGGACAGGUUUCGGGUUGAUCGUCGGAAGCUGGAACACAUGCUUCUGGGUGACAAUGAAGCACCGGAACCAGCUGACACUUUUUUUCACAAGGUUAUGGAAGAAACGAAUACGUUCAUCACAUGGCCUUCGCGACUGAAGAUCGGUGCCAAGUCAAAGAAAGAUCCACACAUAAAGGUUGCCGGUCGACAGGAUGACGUAAAAGCAGCCAAAGAGAAGAUUAUGCAAGUACUGGACACCCGGCAAAGCAACCGUGUGACCAUGAAGUUAGACGUAAGCUACACCGAUCACUCCCAUAUCAUCGGUAAAGGUGGACUGACCAUAAAACGAGUUAUGGAGGAAACUGGCUGCCACAUUCACUUCCCCGAUAGCAAUCGCAGCAACGCUCAGGAGAAGAGUAACCAGGUUUCUAUCGCCGGGGAAAUGGGUGGAGUGGAAAGGGCACGUGCCAGAGUUCGCAAUCUUACGCCGUUGAUAUUUUCUUUCGAACUUCCGAUAAUGGGAGCCAUGCAAGCACUGCCUGAUGCCACAUCGCCCUACGUUAUAAAAAUUCAGGAACAGUACAACGUUCAAGUGAUGUUUAGAACGCGGCCUAAACUCCACGCUACUCUCGUUGUGGUAAAGGGAUGCGAGUGGGAAGUGUCCCAAGUCAAGGAGGCGACGCUUUUGCUUAUCCGUCACAUGUGCGAAAAUUUGGCCAAUCAAAUCCAAGUUCAGAUGUCGGUUGAGAUAUCUCCCCAGCAUCACACCAUCGUACUGGGUAAACAAAGCUGUAAUUUAAAGAUGAUCAUGCAACGGACAGGCACGCAGAUUAUGUUUCCCGAUGCUGGAGAUCCUAAUAUUCCUAGUUUGAAAAAGAGCAACGUAACAAUUACUGGUGGAAUUCACAACGUUUAUCUUGCCCGUCAGCAGCUGGUGGGUUCCCUACCUCUAGUCUUGAUGUUUGAUUUACCUGAAGAUUCGAUGAGCUCCGUUGAUUCCGACAAUAUCUCUCAGUUGAUGCAAUCACUCGACGUAUUCAUCAAUGUUCGUCACAAACCAAAGCAGAGUACGCUCUCUGUCAUCAUAAAAGGAAUUGAGAGAAACGCGAGCAACAUAUACGAAGCUAGAAAACAAUUACUUGGGCUAAACGAGCCCAGGAUUCACGCGGAAAUACCUGCUACUUAUCACAUCCCAAAUGCUAGCAACUUAUAUCAAGGGAACGCAGCUCUCGGCGGUGCUGGUUCGAGCAGCAUCAAUGCUUUAACGGACUUCUCCAACCUGUUGACAAUCAACACAGGAAACGGUUCCCACCCAAUGUCACCCUUACCACAUUCUCCAAAUCCUGUGGGUCUUUCCCCGCAUUGGGGACUUCCACAGCUCGCCCCAAUGUUCUCAACAUUACCAUCCCAUCAUCAUCAUCAUCACACGUCGUUUCCGUAUCCCAACUUCAAUCACCUCUUGGCCCAACACCACUUGAUGCACUCGGGAGCCAACAAUCUUGGACCCCAUCACCAUAAUAUGACCAGUGCCGCUAAUUCGAUGAACCAUGGAAUUCACAACCUUGGAAACAGCAUGGGAAAUGGGCUGGGGACAUCGAUGAAUAGUAGUGGUUACCACACUCUGAACAAUUCAUCUCUUGUCGAUCACAAAGAUGGCAGUGCCUGUUCGUCGCUUAGCAGUUUGGCCAGUUCACUGUCCAGUCCAGCAAUUAGCCCGCGUAACGCUUCGCCAGUUAAUCCCCCAGAGACUAGUACGAAUAUAGACUUAUCUAGUAUGCUCUCCGAUCUUCCGGAUCGUCGAGCACCCGGUUGCGAGAAGAAGACUCUAGAAAUGGUGGCACACAGCAACCUGACACCGUUUGACUAUGAACAGAAAAAGUUAAUGGCCGUUCAGGCAAUUCAAACAAAGCCUUCUCCAACGGAUUACAGAGUACCUACUUCCGCGUGGGCUGGUUAUGGGCUAAGCCAAACAGUUUCGACAAUGCAGAGUGACAAAGAAGAGAAGACUGACUCUACAUUUAGUCCGGCCGAUCUUUGGAAAGAACCUACAACUCCAAUUUACAACACCCUGAUGGAUUUUGGUCUCCCUGGAAGCACCGGAAAAGAUCGUAUUGGAAUGUCAUCCAAUUACAUGGAUCACACACCUACGUCACAAAUAAACAAAAUAGUUUCGCAGCGCUACACAGACCUAGGUGUGAUGCUGGCCAGCGUUGGGUUGGAAAAAUACAUACGCUUGUUCACGUCUCACGAGGUGGAUAUGGCGACAUUUCCAUCUCUGACCGAAAAGGAUCUAUGCGAAAUUGGAAUAACUGCUUGGGGUGCCCGGCGCAAAAUAAUGCUUCUAAUAUCUGAAAUGAACAAGCGCUCUAGCCCAUUUUCCGGCAGCGCCGCGCCAGGUGCGGAACGCAAGACAUCAGCCGCUGGCUCAGCGUCGACAAGCAAGUGUGGCAUGGACAAUUGGUAAUAAAAACUUUAAGUCGUGCUACCGAGACUCACCGGGGCCGUGAAGAACCCACGACCCGAAAAGAACUGCUGUCAACGGAGUCCAUUUAACCCGAAUAUAUAAACAUAUACCUGCGAGAAAUUUAACGGAUUAGGAAUAAUUUAACGGCAACACGGAGUUGGCAUUUUUCAUUUGCCAACCGGUCAUGAGAAUAUAAGAAGACGGUAAUCGAACAAAUACAAAGUAAAGGUACGAUGCAAGACAAAUACGAUGCAAGACAAAUAACAACAACAACAUAAGGCAAAAGACAAAAGUAAAUAAAAAUAUUUAAAACGUUCAGAAAAAUUAUAAAAAAAGUCUAUAAAAAAUGAUAAUAAUUCGUUAAGAGUAUAAGCCGUUUAACUUAAAGUAAGCAAAUGUUCGGGACAAUAUAAUAGGGAAGUGCCGUUUGACAUUUAAAAAAAAAAAAAAAUAAAAGAAAAAAAAUAAAAAAAAAAAAAAAAUCAUGCAUGUUAGUUUUGUACUUGGAAGAGAAUAGGGUAAUGAUUAUUUUUGUAACCGAGAAUCGUUGAUAAUCCUUUUUUUUUGCAAUUUUUUUUUCACACACAUUCGUCACUCGUACUCUACCAAGUGCGUUACAUAGGUUAAGGAAAUAAUCGUUACUAUUUUCAUUUUUUUUUUUUUUUUUUUUUUGUAAUUUUUUUUUUCUUCCUUCCAAAAUGAUGCUCAACUGUUCCACGAUAAGGUAUGGUAGUUAGAAUUGAAAAUAACUCGCGAGUGCAUGAUUUGCUAGACGUUCUUUACUUUUCAUUUUCUUUUUUUUUUUUCCUCUUUAGUUAAUCAAUCGUUAUCGAUUAUAGGUUUAUAAAUUAUAGCAAUGUCUUUAUGUCGUGUGUUUGGCUGUGUGUUUAUGUGUAUCAGCUGUCGGAGAAACAGACUGCGUUCAAACAAGUACUACGUUUCUUAAUUAUGCAAAAUUACAGUAGUUUAGGGAGGCUUUAGACUUGAAGAUGGGCGCGGGGGUCCCGUUGGCAACUACAUUUAGCGCCGUUCGAAACUUAGCGGAAAAUGUUUAAUUCAGACUAAGCUCGAGAAUCACUAUACACCACGUAGGAACGUUUCAGCGAUUGAAAAUCAUGAAUAAUAUCGUGCGAAGGAAAUCGGUCACCAUGUGGCGGUUUAUUUUUUUUUUUCUAAAAAAUUGGCUAUUACUCGAAACUCACUGCAACGACAACCCAGAAUGACAAUAAUCGUGUAUAAGCUUUAGCCAGUUUUUCGUUCUUUCGGAAAUACUUUUAGUUUUGGUAUACGAGAAAUAUGUUUACUCUUUUGUGGAUGUUGUGGUGAAACAUAUUUAUUUGACUGUAUACAGAAGCGCUGACGUUUUUUGCCAGUAUAAAAUAUUUGUUACUAUUGUGUAAUAAUGAUUUUCCCUCUAUUCCAUCAUUUUUGCAAUGUCCCCAUUGCAAAUAUAUUUGAAAAAAGUACAAUUUUUUUUGUAGACACAGAAACUGUUUCUUAGAAAUUAUUUCUAUUUGUUAUGAUAUGAUGCAUUUAGUGCCCUUUUUACGUAUACUUGGAAUAUCAUGAUAUGAUAAAAAAUGAAAGGGAAGCUAAGACUGAACACUUGCACUGACUGGAGUAUAAAUUCAAAUAUCACUGUGAAAUUAAUCAUUCGUCUUCGUAUGUAAUAAUAUGAAUUUUUUUUUUUAGCGAAUUUUAUUUUCCAUCCAUAUUUUUUUUCCUCGGUUUUGUUUUUUGCGAUAGACUUUGAUUGACUAUUUAUGGAUACAAAUAAUGCGUGCAAGCAGUAGCGGUAAUAGUCAACAGCCGAAUUGAGAACGAAAUAAAUUCGUCUUAGGUUCACAAGUUGAAUAUAACUUUGUUUUCUUCAAGAUUUACGCUGGCGUGGGUCAAAAUUCAUAAAAUUAUAUUUUGUACAUUUAUAUAAGGUACAUAUCGCAUGUUUGUUGGCCCUUACUGGAAAGUGUACUUCGUGCAUGAUUUUUCCCCGCAUGAUCUUCAACGAGGUUGUAUUUUAUCUGUUGUUUUCUCGAGUUUUAUAAAGUAACAAAGUAUUUAUUAAUUGAAGAAGGUCGCUAAAUGUACGCCGCUCAACGGACGCAAAUUAUAUUUAAGAAAUAUUAGAUAAAGGAGAUAAGUAUGAAGUGAAAUGAGUAGUAAACGUAUAUAUGUUGCUCGAAGGUGCGGACUAUGUUUUAUUAAUAUGGUGGCAGCACAUUUUUAACGAAAAUCCACUAUAUAGAUGAUGAACAAUAACGGUUAAUACAAAUACAUUAUAUUGCAUCGCGCUUAAUAUUGCAGCUGCGGUGACAGCCUAAUUUGGAAAGAAAUUAUAAUUUUACGAACCUCGGAUGUGUGAAAAAAUGAAAAAGCUAGUAGUCGUUAAAAAUCAUUUUACGAAAGUAAGAUAUUCCAUUUGUAACUUAUAAAUUAUUCUAAUUUUUAAAGUUUUUUUUUUUUUCUUUUUUUUUCGUCAACCAAAGAAUGCGUUAGGUAAUGAGCUCAGCUCACGUACGCGCCACUUGCAGUGACUUGCAGUGACUUGCAGUGUGUAUAGGGUAUUACGGGCCAAGAAGUCAGCUUUUUUUUUUUUUUUUUUUUUACCGAUCUGUUUCCAUUCGCGCAUUACUGCCGUAGCAUAUCAUUCGUAUACUUUGAUUACACUUCAACACAAUCUCGAAAUAGGGCGAAUUUGUGAAGAACCGACAUAAUGGGGGAAAAAAGAAAAAACUGGCAUCUUGGUUCUGACGAUGCAGAACCACCAUCUGGCCUUAAGGGGGUGCCCCUGGUCGAUUUCGGCCUUGAACUAUAUAUCUCAAAAUAUCUAAGUCCACGUAUCUUAAACGCCGAAAAGGGUAUACAGAAUUCUGAACGAAAACAAUGCAAUCCAUUUUCAUUUGAGGCAGUAAUAAAAAUGUAUCGGAGUGUUUUUGUUCAUAAUUACGUGCAGGGAGAAGGCUGUCAAUCCCUUUUUCACCUUUCACAUACGUGGACUUGGAUAUUUAUAGAUAUACACGUCAAGGUCGAAAUCGACUUGGGCAUCGCUUUAAAAAAAUCGGGAAGGCAUUUUUGCACGAGCUUCUGAAUGCCUAGCGAUCGAUUUUACCGCUGAGAGUUGUUGACUAAACUUGAGAAGUUUUAAGCGUAAAUUAUUACUAUUAUUCAGAAAUAUAUAAUAAGUAAUUAAAAAUGUGCCUGUGUGAUCGUCUAUAUUAUUAUUAUUAUUAUUAUUAUUAUUGUUAUGUUGUUGUUAUUAUUAUUAUUAUUAUUAUUAUUAUUAUUAAUAUAAAUAUUAUUGUUAUUAUUACUACUACUACUUUACUAUUGUCAUGGAUUUUUUUUUCAUUUUGUUGAUAGUUUGAUGUAGUGAAAAUAACAUAGAAUUAUAUACUUACAAUUCACUUCUACAUUUAAUUAAUGCGAAUCGGUGAUGUAAUUUGUGCCGGUUUCUGAUGCGAUUCCUACGCGUUGCUAUGCGUCUACCUAUACAUGCCAUUAUAUCAAUAAUAAUAACGAUAAAUAUUUUGUAUUGAUGAAACGAAUUCCAUUGCAAGUAUCCAAUUCGAUAGAUUUUCUUGUUGUUUGUAAUGAAAGUGAUAAGCGUUGAAACUUUUUACGAUAAUCUUCAACAUAGGGAGAGAUAAACGAAAAAAUUUAUGUCGCAAAUUUUACGGUAGACGCUCGCUGUUAGCUGCGGGGGGAUGAAGCUACGGCGUAUUGCAUCGCAUAUCCGUGAUCAGAUACCAAAGCAGUUUGGAUAUGACUGAUUCAACGACUGAAAUGUUCCUACAUAAUUGUUUAAUGUUUAGUUAGAUUAAUGAUUGCUGAAGAAUAAAGUAUACACCUAAUGACGUGUAAUAUAUUUAAA